GGAUCGCAACAGCGAUCAAUGGCCAUGCUGCAGACAAAGAAAGCAGAAGGCGAUCGACGGCUUAUAUCCUUUUUUUUCUUUUUCUAAUUGAGAGAAUGGCAAUGGCGAGGCGAUGAAGAUGGAGGAUGGACAUGGAAAUAGAGAUGGAGAUAGAGAUGGGAGAUAGAGAUGGGAGAUAGAGAUGGAGACGGAGAUGAGAAGGAUGAUCCGUGUUCUCCUUCGAGUCGACUGCCAUCGCCGUCGCCAUUGCCGAUCCAUCCGUCUUCUGCAAUGUGCAGACGAACAAGAAAAGCGGAUGGCGAUGAAGAUGGCGAUGGCGAUGGCGAUGGCGAUGGCGAUGGAGAUGGCGAUGGAGAUGACGAUGGAGAUGACGAUGGAGAUGACGAUGGAGAUGAUGGAGAUGAUCAUCGACGGCCACCGUCUUCCUUCGAAUACACCGCGUGGUCAUUAUAGAUGAGACGGCAGAAGAGCAGAAGGCAUGGCGAUGGCGAUCGCGACGCAUUUGGCUC